AUGGCGCCCUCGGCAAUAGUGGACUCGGCCCCCGCCUCCCCAACCAUCAACGGGAAUCGGCCCCGUAUUCUAGUCCCGGAAAAGGUCUCGCCCGAUGGCCUGGCCAUGCUCACGGGCCUUUACGACAUUGACAAGAGACAGGGGCUCUCGGCCGAGGAGCUCCUCGAAAUCAUCCCAAACUACCACGGCCUAAUCGUCCGCUCCGAGACCAAGGUGACGGCUCAAGUCCUUUCGGCAGCCACAAAGCUGCGAGUGGUAGCCAGGGCCGGCGUGGGUGUUGACAACAUCGACGUCGAUGCCGCCACUAAGCAAGGCAUCAUCGUCGUCAACUCGCCUGCGGGCAACAUCGUCGCCGCAGCCGAACACACCGUUGCGCUGCUCCUUGCCACGGCGCGUAACGUCGGUAGGGCUGACAGCACCCUAAAGGAGCGCAAGUGGGAGCGUGGAAAGCUGGUUGGCGUAGAGGUUGGUCGUAAGACGCUCGGCGUCAUCGGGCUGGGAAAGGUCGGCAUCCGGGUGGCACGCAUGGCGACUGGCCUGGGGAUGAAGGUCAUAGCCCUCGAUCCGUAUGCGAGUGAGGACCUUGCCAAGCAGGCGCAGGUCAAGUUGGUCAGCUCGCUUGAAGAACUGUUGCCAGCCGUCGACUUUUUGACCAUCCACACCCCUUUGCUCGCCAGCACACUCAACCUCCUUGGAGAGGCAGAGUUCCAAAAGAUGAAGCCGACGGCACGCGUGCUAAAUGUUGCCAGGGGAGGAGUUUAUAACGAGGAAGCGCUGAUCCGCGCUCUGGACGAGGGUUGGAUCGCGGGAGCCGGCAUUGAUGUCUUUACGUCGGAGCCUCCCGAGCCCGAAUCCUCCGCGGCAAGACUGGCGGCGCACCCAAAAGUUGUGGCAACGCCGCAUCUCGGAGCGUCAACCAUCGAAGCUCAAGAGAACGUUUCACUUGAUGUGUGCGCGCAGGUUCUGGAGAUAUUGCGAGGCGGGCUCCCCACAGCUGCCGUAAACGCACCCCUUAUCCUGCCAGACGAAUAUCGCAAGCUGCAGCCUUUUGUGCGCCUCAUCGAAAGAAUGGGAGGGCUUUACACACAGCAUUUCGGUGGAUCCAGGGGCGGCCGUACGAUGGGCAGUCGACGUUUUGAGCUCAACUACCAAGGCGACCUGGCGUCCAUCUCUAACACGCGCCCUCUCUUUGCGGCUCUGAUAAAAGGUCUGGUGUCUAGUAUCAGCGACUCAGGCGGCCGGGACGUGAAUAUCGUCAACGCAAUGCUCAUUGCCAAGGAGAAAGGAAUCGCGGUGAACGAGACGCAUACGCGCGAGUCCAGUGACCAGGUAUAUGCCAGUCUUGUUACCCUCAGAGUUGGUGGCGCUGGUGAUGAAGAUCAACAUGUGAUUGAGGGAUAUGUUAGCGGGCAGAGCGUCUACAUCAGCAGACUGGGCCGCUUCAACGCCAACUUCACACCCGAGGGUAUGAUGCUCAUCUUGCACAACUACGACGAGCCUGGAAAGAUUGGCAAUGUCGGUAGCGUCUUGGGCAGGCACUCUAUCAACAUCCGCUUCAUGCAGGUCGCGGGUCUUGCUCUAGACGACCAGCAGACGCAGCAAGGUGGUAAGAAUGGGGGCCGUGUUGGCGAACAUGACAACGAGGCACUCAUGAUUCUUGGCGUUGAUGGAGAAAUUACCAAGGAGGUGCUGAAUGAUCUCAGUCAGGCCGAAGGUAUUCUCAAUGUAAGCCUCGUGCGGCUGUAA